AUGUUUGGCCGACGGGCGACAAAGGACAGCGGGGCCGGCACAGAACAAGCAGACGAGAACAUUGCCGCGAGCAAGGCCAAGGCAAACGCAGCCGCCCGGCGCGCACGAGCCGACGCAGGCAAGCCUGUCUUCACUGCCACAGCAAGCAUGGAUGACGAAACCGAGCUGGGCGAGCGGUCCCACAAGCACCAAGACCGGUAUGGAUUCCGCACAGACGACCCUUCGUCGCCGCUCAAGUGGGACGCAAUCCAAGAGUACCUGUCGCACCAAUACGCCGCAAUCCUCAUGCACCGAUCGUCUCGCUGGAUGCACAUCUAUGUUCGAGAUUUGCCAGUAUUAAAGGGCGUUCCGAGCGACUGGCGAGCGCCGGUGUGGCUUGACAUUUGCGGCGCUACCGUUUUCCGACAGCAAAACCCGAACUUGUACGCCCAAUUGCUGGUCGAUUCGCCUGCAAAGGCCAACCCGAUCUUAACCGCACUUUUCCCGAGAACGUUCACUUUGAACCGCCCGCCGAUGGAUCCAAUGCCGAGCAUUCAGAAGCUGCGGCGCGUGUUGGUUGCGUACGCAGCGUACGAUCCGGAGAUUGGCUAUUGCCAAGGCCUCAAUUUUAUUGCUGCAAUGUUGUUGCUGGUGCUGCGGGACGAGAGCGACGCCUUUUACGCCCUAACACAAAUUAUCGGCAAGGACGCUCAUCUGGCUCCGAGGUAUCACGUCCCUUCGAUGGCGCCCCUGCUCACAGAUCUUGCCGUCGCGGAAGAGCUAGUGCGGCUCCGAUAUCCGGAGAUUCACGAUCUAUUUGUGCGCAAUGGCGUGACGUUAAGUUUGAUUGCCACCAAGUGGUUUAUCUGCAUGUUUAUUGACUCCACUCCACCAGAAACAACAAUGCGCAUUUGGGAUUCUUUCUUGUACGAAGGCUCCAAGGUCUUGUUUCGAGUCACCCUUGCUCUCAUUCAAAUCCAUCACCAAGAACUUUUGAGAGCUAAAGACAUGGCUAGUUUUUUUAAUGGUGUCAAGAACUCGUCGCUUGCGGCGGUGGAUUGCCACCACCUGAUGGAUGUGGCUUUUAACAAACUGGGAACAUUCCGUCGGUCGCUCAUCAACGCAUUGCGAGAAGAGCUGGCAGCACCUUCGACCCAUUAACCGCCUUGGGUGCUUAUUGCUGCUCAUCAUUAGAGUUUUGUUUCAUGUAAUCCAUGAAAUCUCACAAGUACAGUCUGCAUUUUUGUUUUUGCUUGGCACAACUUUUGUUCCCAACUUUUCUUUUUGCUCUUCUCCUCGGUUGUUGACUAAAUCCUUUUUUUUCAUCGCACAA